AUAUAUUACAAGAAUAAACUUGUUUUAACAAUGAGAAUUUUACCAAACCCCUAUUCGUUUGUCAAAUGACAGUUAGCAGCCAACCCUGAACUAAAAGUAUACCAAAUUAAUGCUUUAGAUUUUCCAACUUCCUUUCCCAAUAAUUCCAAUCAACCUUUUUCAAAGAGUACACACCAAGUCCAAUAUAAGGUACUCCCCUUUUCUUUCACUUUCUACUUCCAUAUAUAAACAUAAAAAAAAAAAAUACUCUCACCUCAUUCAUUAUAACCAACUAGCUAAAUCUUUUCUUCUAAACGCUCUCUUCUUGAAUCACAACACCAAAGUUUAUAGAGGAAAAAAAAUAAAAAAUCCUAGAUGAGCCGUGGAGAGAUCAUAAUUGUUUAUAAUGUUAUUUUGGUUAUACUUGCAAUUAUUAUCACAAUUCUUGUGAUCCUCCUCUUCAUUUGUUGCAAGAAAAAACCAAUCAAGGCUGAAGAAACUCUUCCUACUAAGCAAAUUGCAUGCUCUUAUUCCUUAAUGGAUAUUCAUGCAGCGACGGAUGGAUUCAAUUAUCGAAGAAUCAUCGGUCAAGGCCGUAUAGGAACUGUAUAUGCAAGUAUAUUGCCAAAUGGAGAUCAACAAGUUGCUAUAAAAAGGAUUCAUCCAAGGCUUGUUUUGAGCAAUGCUGGCUUUGGUUUCUCGUCGAUGAUGAAAUGGCUUUCUUUAGCUGAUCACCCUAACAUCGUGCCAAUUUUAGGGUUUUCGGAGGCUCCCGGGGAGAGAAUUGUAGUUAUGGAAUUCGGAGGUAUGUUGAGUCUUGAUUUUUAUUUGCAUCAAAAUCGCGAUGAUGGCACGUCCCUAUUGGAUUGGAAUUGUAGGUUGAGAGUUGCUGCGGGUGCUGCUAGAGGAAUAGAAUAUUUGCACGAAGUUAUGGCGCCACAUAUAGUCCAUGGUUGCAUUAAGCCUUCAAAUAUUCUAAUAGAUGUCAAAUUUUGUGCUAGGGUUUGUGAUUAUGGGUUGUACUUUUUCUUGCGAAAUUAUGAUCAAAGGAAAUUAGGGCUAAUGGGGUAUAUUGAUGAUGAAUAUUGGAUUGGUAAUGAAAAAAGGGGUUGUUCUAAAGAAAGUGAUGUGUAUGGAUUAGGUGUGGUUUUGUUGGAGUUGUUGAGUGGGAGGAGAAGUGAUCAACAAGGGUUACUUGUGAAAUGGGCAUUACCAUUGAUUAAAGAAAUGAAAUUUAGUGAACUUUUGGACAAUAGACUUGUGUUGCCAAGUGAUAUUAGGCCACUUGUUAGAUUGGCUAAAGUUGCUUUAGCUUGUGUUGGGAAUUCAAGAAAGAGUAGGCCUUCAAUUGUCCAAGUCGCUGCCAUUUUGAACAGCUUAGAAGUUGGAUUAUUAAGCUUCUGAUCAUUAGUCAAGUCACAAAAUAUUGUCAUGCUUAGGUGGCAUUUGUUUGAAAUGUCAGAGUUUAUAUAAAUUUGUUUAUUUAUUUAUUUUUUGAAUUUUUGUAAAUAAUAGUUCAUUUGAGUUAAAAUUUGAAAAAGUGUUUUUUGGGGAAAAAUCUAAAUU